AUGAGUAGUGUUGCUGCCUUCAUUGAAACAAUUGGGGAUCCUGCGAAUUUUGGGGAUGAAGAGGACACGAGGUCAUGGAUUGGAGGGACUAAUGGGGACUUCUCAGUUUCUUCAUGCUAUGAAAUGAUUGACGUACAACUACAACAACAAGGACAAGCUCAAGAGAGACAAAGAAAAAUUCCGUCAAAGUAUGUAUGGAAUUCAGCCAUCCCACCAAAAGUGUCAUUCCUAGUUUGGGCUGCAGCAAUGAAUGGUUUACCAACUGUUGAUCGUCUUCUUCGAAGAGGUAUGGCAAUUACAAACAUCAAUUGUUGUCUGUGUCACCAAGAACCCGAAACAAUUUCACACAUAUUUAUCCAUUGUGUAUUUGCAAAGAAAUUGUGGGAGCAUUUCCUAAACCUAUUGGAGUCAAGAUGGCGACCGCCGGAUUCAUGUAUGGAGCUUCUUAUCUCAUGGCAGUUGAAACUCAACAUUGAACCUAUUGAAUUCCUAAAAUUUUGCCUGCCUUUUGCUUUAUGGCAACAAAUUUGGAAAGAAAGGAACGAAAGAAUCUUCCGUAACAAAGAAAAAUCAGUGGAGCGGAUUAUCCUUCAGGUGAAAGCUUCUCUAUUCAGUUGGGCAAGUGUUCAUAUUUCCUUUAAGCAUUUCAAGUUUGCAGAUUUCAUCCAUGAUUGGCGGGCUUUUAAACGAUAA